AUGGUGACUGAGAAGAGUGUCUGCCUCCGAAAACUCCCACUGCGACUGCAUUCUUUUCAAUCCUGCAGUCAGGAGCUGAACCUUCGUUGGACACCAGGUGUGGGAAGGUCUUUGAACUUACACAGCUUGGCCAUGACUAAAGAGGAAAGCGGUUUAUCCUAUUGUGCAAGCAAUGUAGAAGCACUCAAUCUAACAAGUGUCACUGAAUUCCACCUCAUGGAAAUCUCAACUGAUCCCGAAUUCCAACCCAUCAUCCUUGGACUGUUCUUGUCUAUGUACCUGGUCACAGUGCUUGGGAACCUACUCAUCAUCCUGGCUGUUACCUCUGCAUCCAACCUCCACAACCCCAUGUACUUCUUCCUCUGCAACCUGUCAUUGGUUGAUAUCUGUUUCAUCUCCACCACAGUCCCAAAGAUGAUUGCAGACAUCCAAACUCACAACAGGGUCAUUUCCUAUGUGGACUGCCUGACACAGAUGUCUCUUUGUAUCAUUUUUGCAAAUAUGGAUGACAUGCUUCUGACUGUGAUGGCCUAUGACCGGUUUGUGGCCAUCUGCCACCCCCUGCAUUAUCCAGUCACUAUGAACUCUCAUUUCUGUUGUGUCUUAGUUUUGAUGUCCUUUAUGUUCAGUCUUUUGGACUCCCAGCUACACAAUUUGAUAGCCUUACAAUUUACCUGUUUUAAAGAUGUGGAAAUUUCUAAUUACUUCUGUGACCCUUCUCAAAUACUUAAUCUGUCCUGUUCAGAAACUUUAAAAAAUAGUAUGGUAAGGUAUUUUCUUCUUUCUGUAUUUGGUUUUGUUCCUUUCUCAGGAAUCCUUUUCUCUUACUACAAAAUUGUUUCUUCCAUUCUGAGAAUGCCAUCAUCAAGUGGGAUGGAUAAAGCCUUCUCCACCUGUGGGUCUCACCUGUCAGUGGUUUGCUUAUUUUAUGGAACAGCCCUUGGUGUGUACUUUGAUUCAACUAUAUCACGUUGUUCAAGCCAUGUUGUGGUGGCCUCACUGAUGUACACUGUGGUCACCCCUAUGCUGAAUCCCUUCAUCUACUGCCUGAGGAACAGAGACAUUAGUCAAACCUUGAAGCCUACCCAAUAA